GCACGCACACCAACGAAAUUACAUUACCGUCGGUGGCGGCCGGAGUUUGGAGCUUCGUCGGAUUUCACGGACUGAUGACUGCGGCGCGGAACGGAUAAGAACGGUGGAAAAAGUGGACGUACGUAGUCUGGAUACAGCCGUCCGUCGUGUGGAUCUCCGCAAAGGCGACAACGACGACGAGGAUGAGCGAGCUAGUUUGGGGAAUAAAAAACGGCGAUCUCGAGCAAGUGCGAGAUAUCGUCGAGAACAAGAAUAUUGAUGUGAAUCAAAUGAUUGAUGGAAGAACGCCACUACAUUAUGCAGCAGAUUAUGGUCAGAGCGAAGUCGUCAGAUAUUUAUUGGAGAAAGGAGCAAAUGCCAAUGCUACAGAUAAGCAUGGAAUCACAACGUUAUUGGCAGCAAUCUGGGAGGGGCACACAAACUGUGUGAAACUGUUGCUGGAGCAAGGUGCUAAACCAGAUGGUUUAACGCCAGACGGCACGAGUUACCUGGACGCGGCCGAAAAAGAUGAGAUUAAACAGCUCCUGAAACUUCACUAGCAUAAAGCCAAACAAAAUGUGGAAUCGUAAUUUUUGUUACUUUAGUAUGUUAAUGUUCCUCCUUAUAGAGAGAGACUAUUUCACCAGCUUCGUUUUCAUUUUUCGCCUAUGAUGACUAGAGUAUAUCGUAUUUAAGCACUCUAAAUUAAAUGAACAUAGGUAUAUGGAUGCUGUUUUAUAAUAAUUAUUAUUAUGAUAACAUAUUGCAUGUCGAGAGAUUGUAUAAUGAAGAGCUCAUAUUCUUGCGGUAAUUUGUCAUGGUUCUAAAUAUACAUAUAAGUUACAGAUUUAUCAUAAAGAUAUUAUCCUUUUGUAACUGAAAUAAGUUACAAAAGAAUUAGUUUAGUUUAAAUUUACAAUAUCGUAUAUAAAUAUAUAUACGCAUAUAAUGUAAUUUUGAUAUAUAUUUUGAUCUAUAAGACGGUACACGUAAUUGUUUGUUAUUAAUUUAUAAAUCCUGAAAACCUUUUUAUAUACAUUUUUAUGUCACGAUCGCUUCGACCAUAUUCCCCUUAAAUUUGAUAUUUCCUUGACGGCGGCGAUGACGGCGGGGGAUCCCCUAUUCUUAAGCAAAGUGCUAAACUCUUCUUUAAAGAUACCUGUGUGCUGAGUUGAAUUUUGAACGAUGUAUGUAUAAAUUGCGACAAAAAUGAAGUAGUACGUUUGCAAUGCUAACAAUGUGUAAUGUGUCUAAUGGAUGCUAAGAUUGUACAAUAAUCAAAAUAAUAAGCAAAUACAUCAUUGUUAUGAACAC